AUGAAGAUUAGCUUCUUCUCCCACUCCCUCUCUACAUUUUACGACCCGCUGGAAUCACCCAAGAGUAUAGUAGAUGUUGGGUGUGGGAUUGGAGGAAGUUCUAGAUACCUAGCAAGGAAAUAUGGGGCCCAAUGCCAAGGCAUCACCCUCAGCCCUUUUCAAGCCCAAAGGGCCAAAACUGUUACUUCUGCCCAAGGGUUAACGGACAAGAUUUCUUAG